AUGGCUCCACACUUUUGUACCAUAUGUGAGACAAAUAAUGAACAAGAGCAGCCAAGUAAAGGUUUGACUGAAACUGAGAUACUUGCCCAGGCUUUCCUCUUCAUCUUUGGUAGCUAUGAUACCACCAGUGUCACUCUCAGUUACAUCCUUUACAACCUGGCCAUCAACCCCGAUGCCAUGCAGACCUUGCAGGAAGAAAUUGAUACCAACUUACCAAAAGAUGCUCCAAUUUCAUACGAGGAUCUGACCAAUCUAGAGUACCUGGACCAUGUUAUUAAUGAGUCAAUGCGCCUGCUUCCUACUGCACCACGGCUUGAGAGGAUUCGUAAAAAACCUGUCCAGGUUCAUGGCCUCAACAUCCCUGAAGGAACCCUUGUUGGGAUUCCUCUGAACAUUGUACACAUGGACCCACGAUUUUGGAGUUCACCUGAGAAGUUCAGACCAGAGAGGUUCAGUAAAGACAGCGGUGAGGAAGUGAACCCAUAUGCAUUCAUGCCGUUUGGGCUCGGUCCUCGUAAUUGCGUCGGGAUGCGUUACGCCAUCCUCACUCUGAAGUUGGUUCUUGUCCGUCUCCUGCAGAGUUACUCUUUGGAAACAUGCAAAGACACCAUGAUUCCUUUGGAGUUUGACUGGAAGUUUCAGCCAUCAAAGCCAAUAAAGCUCAGUUUUGUCCCCAGACAACAGUAGUUCAAGACAGAGCAUCUCCAAACAUACCAAUAUUUGAAUUGGUUCUACUCUUACUUAACAGAUUGGAAAUGUUUUAUGUCUAUUGAUGAGCAUGCUUCCCCUCACUGUGGAGUCCCCCAAGGGUCAAUAUUGGGACCAAUUUUAUUCUCCCUCUACAUGCUCCCUCUUGCUACAUUAUACAAAUACACAACAUUCAGUUUCACUGCUACGCUGAUGACACACAGCUGUAUUUCCCAAUUGAUCAAAGGUCUCCAAACCUCACAGACCUCAGAAAUUGUUUUACAGGCAUAAAAAAAUGGAAAAAAGCUGACAAAACUGAAAUUUCAAUAAUUGGCACUGAUAAGUUGCACCCAGAUGUCCUCUCCUCCCUUGGUCCUCUAUCUGUUAAUGUGAAGAAAACCUGGGUUUGACCUUUGAUAGCAAUCUAUCAAACAUACAAAACAAGUUGUCCCGUCAUGCUAUUACCACCUCAGGAAUAUUGCUAAGAUAAGAUCAAUGCUAUCUUUUAACCAAACACAAACAAUCAUUUAUCUCUUCACGAUUAGAUUAUUGUAACAGUCUUUUAACAGGUAUAAACCAAAAAUUAAUCAGUUGUCUCCAAACGUGCAAAAUUCAGCUGCGAGACUUUUAAUAAAAACGAAGAAGAGAGAUUAUAUUACUCCUGUUUUAAUGACCUUACACUGGCUGCCCAUUUCUUUUAGGAUUGAUUUUAAUGUUUUAUUUCUUACUUUUAAAGCACAUCACGGUCUGGCCCGGGAAUAUAUUUUUUGAUCUGCUGUCCCCUUACCAGCCAGUGCGCAGCCUAAGAUCCUCAGGCAGGAACCUCCUAACUAUUCACACUUCAAACUUAAAAACCAAAGGAGACAGAGCAUUUGUAGCUCGGGCUCAUUGGCUGUGGAAAGACCUGCCUGAGGAUUUCAGACGUGCUACAUCAGUAUCUUCUUUUAAAACACUUAAAAAAAAACAUUUUUAUCGUAAGGCCUACUUAUAAUCCUUGUUUCAUCCAUGAUUUCCAUCCAUUUGUUUUACUGUUAACUUUAGUCAAACUUUGUCUCGUUGUUUCUCUCUUUUCUGUUAAUUGGAUGAUUGCUGCGUUGUUGUUCUAUUUUUCAUGCUUUUUAAUAGGAUUUUAAUGUUCUGUAUUUGACUGUUGGGAUUCUUAUAUUCUGUAAAGCACUGCAGUGGUAGAUAAACCUUGAGUGUCUUUUGUAAUAAAUGAAAGUUGAUGGAUCCAUGACAAUGCACAAUACCUGUGUAAGAAAAUAGCCUACCGGAUUCAGUCAUAAUAAAUUUGCCAUUUGCAAGAAAACUUACAAUAAAUGGAUACAAACACUGGA